CUCACUCAUAUAUAUAUAUAUGGCCUAUUUGUGUGUGUUGCAAGUGCUGUAAAACUCGUACUAAAACAAAAAUCUCAUUUGCUCUCUGUUCACACCGUGGGCACUAACAAAGGCUUGAUAAAUUGAUGAUGAUGAUGAUGAUGAUGAUGAUUAUUGUUGUUGUUAUUAUAAUUUCUUGUUAUUAUUAUCAUUACUAUUGAUUUUGUCUCAGGCGUGGUUUCAUUCUCUCCGUCAUUACAAUGUGGAACUUUGUACGAUAGUCGUCGCUAAGGGGGAGAACUAACUCUUCCUUGCUCCAGGGGCUGUAUGUGUGGUCAUCUCUUCAUGUGGUCUGUGGUCAUCUCUUCAUGUGGUCAUCUUCAUGUGGUCAUCUCUUCAUGUGGUCAUCUCUUCAUGUGGUCAUCUCGUGUGGUCAUCUCUUCAUGUGGUCAUCUCGUGUGGUCAUCUCUUCAUGUGGUCAUCUCUUCAUGUGGUCAUCUCUUCAUGUGGUCUGUGGUCAUCUCUUCAUGUGGUCAUCUCUUCAUGUGGUCAUCUCUUCAUGUGGUCUGUGGUCAUCUCUUCAUGUGGUCAUCUCUUCAUGUGGUCAUCUCUUCAUGUGGUCUGUGGUCAUCUCUUCAUGUGGUCAUCUCGUGUGGUCAUCUCUUCAUGUGGUCAUCUCGUGUGGUCAUCUCUUCAUGUGGUCAUCUCUUCAUGUGGUCAUCUCGUGUGGUCAUCUCGUGUGGUCAUCUCUUCAUGUGGUCAUGUCGUGUGGUCAUCUCAUGUGGUCAUCUCUUCAUGUGGUCAUGUCGUGUGGUCAUCUCAUGUGGUCAUCUUCAUGUGGUCAUGUCGUGUGGUCAUCUCAUGUGGUCAUCUCUUCAUGUGGUCAUCUCUUCAUGUGGUCAUCUCGUGUGGUCAUCUCUUCAUGUGGUCAUCUUUUCAUAUGGUCAUCUCUUCAUGUGGUCAUCCCCUGAUUCAGCAAUACUUACUGUGUACAGCUCUGUACAGAUACGCAUGUUUUAGUAAUUUCACCAUUUGCAUUUUGUGGCAUUUUUACCUUCUUUUUUUUUCUUUUUCCUGCAACUCGGUAGACCACAGGUGAGGCAUGUGGACAAAAUCACUUACUUCUCGGAAGUUAGCCUUAUGGACAUAUAUAUAUUUAUAUAUAUACAGACACACUUAUGGACACAUAUAUAUAUAUAUAUAUAUA